AUGGCUGGUUAUGAGUCAUUUCAAUCGAAUUCGACAGUGGCUAUGAAUUGUCGUGGAACGAUGUUCACUAUUACACAGCAGGGUGGUGCUGCCCUUGUCUGUUUGCCGCCGGAAAAGUUCUUCGAUUAUGAAGAAGGAAACCGACAGCAAGAACAUUUCGAUAGGAAAUUCGGCGACAAAAUGGUUAAAUUGGACGGUUCAUUGAUAUCGACGUUUCUGCACAAAGGACGCGAAGUGAGACUAAAAUCGAAAACAUCACUUACAUCCAAGCAAGUCAUGAAAGCAACUCAAUUGUUAACCGGUGAGAGUAUACCCUCAGAAACUGAACAAGCCGUACAAGAUUUUGCUUUUAGUUAA